UAGUGACUUGUGGGCGCGUCUUCUACCUUGUGCGGUGGCGGGUGGGUGAGGGUUUUGGAUCUGCAAAGGGGAGCAGACAGUAAACAUGGCAUCCGAUCGUCGUCUCUGCGCCUUCCUCGUUCUCGCCCUCUUUCUCUUCUCCUGUGCUUUCCUUCAAGUUGUCAGGUGUCAAGAAGAUCCUGAAACAGAUGUGAAUGAUGUCAUAGUGGGAGAUGAUGUUGGGAUUGUUGGUGAUGAUAUCCAAGAUGUAUCUGACAUUGUUUAUGGUUCUGCCCCUGGAGUGGAUGCAAAAUGUCUCUUCCCAAAGAAUCCUGGGCGACUUGUUCCAGCAGGAGAAGAAACUGAACUACUGGUUGGUUUGAGCAAUGGAGGUGAGGCAUCUUUGAAGGUUCAAGCCAUAAGUGCCAGUGUCCAUCUGCCCUUUGAUCAUAAACUAUUAGUGCAGAAUCUAACACUUCAGAGAUUUUUCAAUGCAUCAGUUCCACAUUCUGUUCAGGCUACGUUCCCAUAUAUAUUUGCUGUGAGCAAAUAUUUGCAGCCUGGAACAUUUGAUCUUGUGGGUACUAUUGUAUAUGAAGCAGAUGAGCAACAGUACAAUAGUGUAUUCUACAAUGGUACAAUUGAAGUCACUGAAUCUGGUGGUUUUCUUAGCGUCGAAUCCGUUUUCUUGGUUACACUUGGAAUUGCCCUUACUGGACUCUUGGGUCUUUGGAUAUAUGGUCAAAUACAGAACUUAUCCAAGAAAACCAAGAGGACAACAAAGGUGGAGGUUGGAACUGGAACUACUGAUGGUGUGCUGGAUGAAUGGUUGAAGGGAACAUCCUUUGAUCGGAGUCAGUCCAAGUCCAAGAAAAAGAAGUAGGAGAUAUGGUGGGCCGUUGGAGGAAAGGAUGUGCAAACAUCUAAUCUAUAAUGACCGGAUGGCUUCGUUUGGAGCUGGGACGAAAGGUAGCUAACAUGUUUCACGAGAGGAGCCAUUGUUUUUUUUAAAACAACUCUGAUUGCGGUUGGCGAUGUUGAGUUGAUUUGUACUUGCUAGUAGAUUGAUAUCAGGCUUACUUCCUGAGACACUGACAAAAAACAAUUUUGUUUCAUUUA